AUGAAGUUCUCCGUUUCGCUAUCGCUAUACGCGAUUUCGCUCCUCCCAUCGGCAUACGCAUGGAAAUUCACUUGGAGGGACGCUGAUGGUAACCAAUCGGUGGCAUCCGGCGAGGGCCCACACGCCUGCAUCAAAGUCGAUCAUGCAAAGGGGCAGGUAUUCGAUAUGAGCGGGGAAGGCGAAAAAGGCAUCAACAUGCUGAUGUUCACGACGUCGGACUGUUCGGGCCGACCAUCCGGCAUGGCGACACAGAGUUUCACGAAGAAAGCCUCCGUCGAUAUAAAAGGAUUUAAAGUCGUCAAGUACGACCCUAAGAAUCCCGCCGGAUCGGAUUCGGAUUCGGAUUCGGAUUCGUCGACAGCAUCCCACGCGGCAUCGUCUUCGGCUAUCAGCACUGGCACAGUAACGAAUUCCACUGCUUCCUCUUCUAGCGUCCAUGGCUCCAAAAUCACCGAUGCGAGCAAGACUUCAUCGAGCGCGGCGGAGGCUAGCAAGACCGAGACUAAGACCGGAUCCGCAAGCACUGGAUCGGAUAUCCCUUCGGCUACAUCGUCCGGUGCUAAUGCAUCGUCGACGGGAGAAAACUCCGCGUCUUCUCUUUCGGGCGGAAAUACCGUUAACGUAGUCGUGGUUCUUGCUCUGGGCCUUGCGACUCUGGAAUGGUUGGUUUAG